AUGUUCAUACUACAAUUUUUUUCUGAGUUUGACAUAGUCAAAAGUUCAAGGUAUCGCCAAGAUGUGAUCCAGCGCGGGGAAGUUGGCGGCAACUGUGCGAAAUUCGACGCCGAAGUUCUCAAAGAAAAUCAGAACGAACGAGGCUACUUGCGUAGCUGGUCGAGUGAUGGUAUUGGAACAUUCAGCGGUGGUUUCGUUGAUUCAUGGUUCGGUGACACUUGGAAGGUUUUCACUGAUGCGCAGCCUGUUGAAUUAACCGCUUUGGCUGGACGUCGUGUGUGCUUCAAAAAUGCCAUGUUUCCAUUAUUGGCCAGACAGUCUUUUGGUCUCUACUAUAACACACCGCUGGAGACUGACUGUCACGGUACAGGACUGAUGCAUGCGUUUGCUCAUCAUGUUCUACAUCGACUAGGUAUCCACCAGAAAGGCCCUCUACUUGAUAACGUACGGGUGACGAUUCUCUCCAGGAGCACAAAGUUCAGGAGGAUUCUCAAUUUGGAUGAG